AUGCAACGACAACAAAUACCUCAAGUAUUAUCAUCGGAUGAAUCAUCAUCACGUGUGCUGAUUCAUAGUGCUAAAAAAACGAGUGAAUAUACAUUACCUCUAAGUAUUACACCAUCACCAAUGGCCAAUACUCGUCGUACAAUUUGUACACAAACAAUCCAAGAAAUUCAACCAUCAUCUUCAACAAAAUCUAUUCCGUCAUUUGCUGAAACUCAAUUAUUAUCUGUUUAUUAUCCAAGUCUAGAUCCAAAAAAUCCAUCAACAGAUGAUAAAUGCAUAUUUGUUGAACAGCAAGAACGUCAACCGGUACGUUAUCGUGCAACAUAUGAUCCAUUAUUUUCAUCCCAAUCUACUCAAACAUUACCUUUAUCAACUUACGGUUCAACAUUAAUUAUUGAUAAAAAUCAAAUUACAAAAUCUAAUUAUGAAAAACAUCUUAAUAUUAAUGAUGAACAUUUAUUACCUAAUGAGUCAAUCGAAAAAUCAAAAUAUAUCUAUGAAGAAUAUACUGUACAACUUAAUGAAAAACAAAAUCGUACAUCAUCAUCAUCGUCAUCAUCUGCAACAACAGUUAUUGCUCAAAAUGAAGAUUUAGAUUCAGAUUAUACAUCAAAUCUAAGUUCGGAUGCAAUGAAUACACAAUCAUCGAUAACUAGUAUACCGAUAAAUCAUGAAAAUAAACGAAUAUCUAGUUGGCCACCAGUACCAGAUGAUAUUUCACCAUUAAAUAAUCAAUAUGAACAAAGACCUUCAUUACAUGUUCAGUUUUCUGAACAAUUAAUUAAUAUUAUACCGCCAUCGGCAAGAAAUAGUCUUAAUGACGAAUCUUUAUCACCACCUGCUGUUAUACCUCGAACAAAAAUAUAUGAAAAUAAUCAAUUACAACGAUUGGAUACUCGACCAGUUAAUCAAUCGAAAUGGGUUAAAACUCAAUUGGAUAGUUCCGAAAAUUCAACGAAUAUAGUAUCGAAUCGUGUGAAUACAUUACGUUCAAUAUUUGAACAAGAUAAUUCUCGUUCAUCAGAUUCAUCAACAUUGAAUAGUCCUAUUAAUCAAAAUUCACGUAAAGAACCUGAAGAAAAACCAUCAGAAUAUGGUGAUAAAAUACGUUUUCGUAUUAAAGAUAUAAAUUCUUCAACUAUUCAUCAUGCUAAACCAGCAAAAAUUAUUCAACAUACAAUAAAUUCUAAACAAGACGAACAUUCAACAUUGUCAUUUAAACUGGAUCAAAUACAAAAGAUUACGAAUAAACAAAUACAAAGUCUUGAUGACAUUGGCCAUUAUUUACAAGAUGGUUAUACAUGGCAAUGGAAUGAAAUAUUUUGGUUAAGUUUAACAAAUUCUCAACGUGAUCAAUUGAAAGAUCUUGAACGUCAAUUAGAUUCUCGUCCAAAAAAUACUAAUUAUUCGGAUUUAUCUUCAUCAUCAUCAUCAAAUGAAACAAAACAAUUUAAAUCAACAAUAAAUAUAACUGCAGCUGGUGCCUGGCAACCUAAAUCACAAAUAUUACCAUCUAGUAUAACAAAAUAUACUGAAGCAAAUACAAUAAAUGAAAAUCAAUCAUCAAUAAGUAGUUUUGGUUCAGCACCGCUCAAUCCAACUUAUACAAGAAUUGGUUCACAAGAAUCGAUUUCUUCUUCAAUAAAUCAACAACAAAAUUUAACAUCAAAUAAACGAACUGACAGUCAAAUAACAAUUAUUGAAUCAGGUUAUAGUUCAAGUGAUGAUCAACAACGAUAUCGACCUAAUUCAAGUACAAUUAUUGAAGAGUCAUCAACACCAAAGAUAAAUUCUUCUAAACAAUCGAAACAUACGUCAUUAAAUUAUGAACAGUUUAUCUAUGAAUAUUUAUUAGCCUAUGGAACAUAUACACAUUCAAAUAAUGGAUCAUUAAUUCUUAAUAUUAAUCAACAACAAAUAGAUUUACCAUCAUUAGCAGAAAAUAUUUCUAUUGAUAAAAAUCUAUCACCAUUUGAAACUGAAUCAAAUGAAUUAGUUCUAUUUAUUGAUGGAAGAAUGAUUAUUAUACCAUCGAAUCAUUGGUUAGUUUAUCGUGAAAAAUAUUCGCAUGCUCAAUGGAUACGAAAUCUUAAAAAAGUUAAUAGAAAUAUACCAGAACAAUCUAUUCCAAUAAUUGAAGAAUGGCUUUCGAAUCAUGUAACAAUAUCAUUAGAUACAGAUGAAAUUAAUAUCGAUGGUUUAAUUAUUCCUCUUAUUGAAAAAUUAGAAACAUAUUCAUCGAAUGAAAUGUAUAAAUAUUUACUUCAUAUUGGUUAUAUUUCGUAUAAUGUUGAUGAAAAAUUAGUUUAUAUAGGACAUAAUAAACUUGAUAUUCAUCCUGUUUUAACAUCUUCAUCAUCAUCAUCUCCUCAAUUAAUUGAACAAUUAACAAAACUUCUUCGUUUAUUAGAUCAUAUUCAUUUUCAUAAUGAAAAUGGUUCAUUAUUAAUAACUGAUAAUUUUAUUAUACCAAAUGAAUAUAUUUCUAAUCUUUAUCAAAAAUAUCAACAGGAACAAGUUUUAAAUGCUAAUGAAUUAGCUAAACAAUUAUUACAAAUAUGUCAGGUUGAGGAAGAUAAAAAUUCUCAAUCAUUAAUAUUAACAUUUCAAAAUCAAAUAUUACAUUUAAAAAAUUACAAUGAAUAUCAUAUAAAAAUUUUAACACAAUGGCUCCAACAAUUAAAUCAACAAAAAUUAAUAUGUAUAACUGAACAAAAUGAUAUUAUUAUUUAUCUAAAUAAUAUCAAUCAACAAAUAUUUAUUCAUUAUGAAGAUGUGGAAAUAUAUAUGAAAACAAAACAAGAUUCGAAUAUUAUACGUAUGGAUGAUAUUGCACAUAUUUUACUUCAAUUUAACUAUAUUAAAUAUUCAGCCGGACAAUUUAUAUUUGAUAAUCAACAAAUUGUACUAGAUAUAAAUCAAUUAAAUUGGUUACAAUCCAUUAUACGUUCUAUUCGAAUAAAUGAACAUAAAGAACAAACGGAUGUUGAAUUAUCCAAUGGUCAACAUAUACAAUUACUUGAAAUACCUUAUGAAUAUAUGUUACCCACAACUGAAUCAGAAGCUGUUGUGACUUAUUUAUUUCAAAAUGGAAAUAUACAUUAUGAAGUUAAUCGAGGAGAUUAUACGUAUCAUUAUAUUUCACCAAAUGAGAAAAUUCAUUCAAAAGAUCAAGAAUUACUUUCUUCUCAUAUUCGAAAUAUUCAUAUUGAUAAAGACAAUCAACGUAUUGAAAUUGAAUUUCUUUAUGAUUCGAAAAAUUAUUUAGAAAUUCCAUUGAAUUGGUAUGAACAAAUUUCUCAACAUGAUUUUACUCGUUCAUAUAUUAUUAGUAUGUUAUUUAAAAAUGGUGGUAUUCUUAAUACAGAUAAAUUUAUUUUCAAUAAUUAUACUUAUUUAUUAAAAGAAAAAGACAAUAUUAUUAAUAAUUACGUUGAAUACAUAAACAAUCAUGAUGGUAUUAAAUAUGAUAAAGUUAAAAAUUGUUUAAUCUUACAAAAUCUCUCAAAUAAUUCACAAUUAUAUUUAACACCUGUACAUACAGAAUUUAUUCAAAAAAAUCAAUAUCGACGAGAAGAUAUGAAAUAUAUACUUACAAAAUACAGUCAAUUAAAACAAGAUGAAUAUAAUAAUUGGUUAUUAUAUUAUAAUAAUCAAUGUAUACAAAUUUCCUUCGAAAAUAAUCAACAAAUUUUAAAAGAAGAAACUUCAAAUGAAUUACUUUAUCGUUAUCACUCAAUAAUAAAUUAUAUGUAUAAUCAUGGUUUAAUUAUUUGUAAUAAAACUUUAAAAUUAAUUCAAAUACAUUUUCUAAAUGAAAUUUUAACAAUUCCAAUUGAUCAAUUACAUUCAAUAAUAAAUCGAAAAAUUUUUCAUUCACCAAAUAAUGAUAUUCUACCAUUUACUAGUCAACAGCUAUCACAAUGGUUAUUAGAUCAUUCAAAUCGAUUGAAUAGUUCUCAUCAAGAUAAUAUUCAAUUAAUAUAUAAAAAUAGAUUCUAUGAUUUACCAUUAAUUCAUCAUUCAGAAAAAUCCGAUUUACAAUUACUUUUUCCAUUUAAUAAAUCAUUACGUCUUAUACAAAAAACCCCAUCAACAACAACUUUGGAUAUUCAACAACCAAAUGAAACAAAUAAUUAUACAACUGAUCCAUUAUUAAUCUUUGGAAAUUAUAUACAUCGUACCGGUUCAAUCUAUCAAGAUCAAUUUGGUCGUUUGAUUAUAAAAUUAAAUAAAGAUGAAAUUGUUAUACCACAAUCUGAUGCUGCUAAUGCAAUAGAAACAAUAAACGCUACACCAAAUCGUACGGGUACAAUAAUUGCACGUUUAAUAAAUCGUCUUGGAAGAAUUCAAUCAAAUAAAUUUGGUGGGUUAACAAUAACUAUUGGUAAAAAAUCAUUUGAAUUAUCAAAAGAAACUAUUGAAGAACAGAAUUCUAUUCAAAAACCGAUAUCUACUAAACGCCAAACAAAUUUACCCGUAUUAAAAGUUUCAAAAUCAGCGGAUGAUUUAUCAUCAUUGAAUACUAAACAUACAGAAUUUAUUGAUGAUCAACAAAUACUUCAUACAAGAUAUAGAACGAAUCCGAGAUCUUCAUAUUUACAACCCUAUAUAAUUAUUAUACCUGAUAAUGAAACAAUUCGUUCGACACGUUUUUAUAUUCAAUAUAAACAAAAUUCGAAUUCUGUUCAAUCAACACAACCGAAAUUAAUCAAUCCACAAUAUCAUCAAGAUAUUGCACUUCGACAAGCACGUGUUUAUAUCCAUAAACAUGGUGAAGAAGAAAUUUCUUAUGAAAAUUUAGCUGAAUAUUUAUCGAAAAAAAAAUUUAACUAUUUAUCAUCACGAACUAUUCGUCGUAUGUUAAAAUUUUCAUCAUCGGAUGAUUAUUUUACUUAUUUAAGUAAAAAAAUGUCUACGAUUAAAGCGAAACAAUUUGUUCAAGAAAGUGAAGAAUAUUCAAAUGAAUCAUCAUUUCGUUCUAUUAAUAGUAUGACAAAACUAUCUCAUACACCAGUAAAUCUUAAUGAUGAUAGAUUAAAUUCAUCAGGUGUUUAUUAUAAUGUACGAAAUGGUACAACUAUGUAUGAAUCGAAUCUAUAUGAUGAACAACAACAACAGGAUGAUUCCUAUAAUUAUCCAUCGAAAUCUAUUGAUCGUAAUCUAUCAUCAUCAAGUUUAAAUUCGGAAAUGUUAAUAAGAAAUACAUUUUCAUCACGUCAAACUGUUCAAUAA